GCUUGCCGCAAGAUGGGUUCGUCGCGCCGGCUGCUUUGCUUGGGUCUCCUGAUGGUCCUCGCUGCGAGGCUCUCGCAGGGCUUUCUCUUCUUUCCGCGCCAGGGAUCGUUUGGGUUGCUGGCUGCUGUGGCCAUACCCUUGGACUUGUCGCCCAAAAACGUGUACAUGGCCUUCAACUUUGAGUCGAACUAUGCGCUGCCCUCGAACGACUCCUACAACCAGUGGAUCGAUAGGUGGGAUCUGGACGAUCACUUCCUCGGGGUGCCCGGGAAUGUGACACCGAUCAAUGCCCGGGAUGGAGGCGCCUCCGACAACGAUGACAACGAGGUGAGACGCCGCUCGAUGCGAUCCCCGCCGCCGUUCAGGCGCCACGACUUCUAUCGGAGCAUUAUCAACUACCUGACCCACUACGGGUACAAUGGCUCCUCCUGCCUGCUGCGAGCCAUUUGCGAGGUCAACGAAUCGCCUCUGGAUGCCCACAAUGGGGUGCUGGGCAGCCUAUUCCAGAUUCUAUUCAUGCCGACGACGAGUGCCGCAGAGCGGCAACUGCAGCACGUGGACGAGCUCUAUGAGGCCUCCGAUGCGGGCACGCGCGGCCUGGGCUGCUCCAAAUACGUGUCCCACUGUGGCCACAGUUUGCUCGACCUGAUAAGCACUGUGGUGUUGUGAAUAAUGAAUAAUAACAAACUAAAAAGUCUACGUGUGAAGCUAAAGCCAGCCCAUACGAUGUAGAACGAACUUUAUUCCAGCUUAAAGAUGUGAAGAGUAAUCAAUAAAGUUCCUUAAAAUGUGAA